AUGGGCGUUGCCUUCGCCAUCCGAAACGGCAUCGUGGGACUACUGCCAUGUCUGCCACAGGGCAUCAACGAUCACCUGAUAAGCCUCUGCCUGUCUCUCCGGGCAGGCCAAUUCACCACCAUCGACAUCGCCUGCGUCCGAACAAUGAACGGCUCAGACAAGACGAAGACAAAGUUCUACGAAGACCUGCACGCCAUCCUGUCGUCCGUCUUGAAGCUGGGUUAGUUGACUGCCGUCGGUGACUUCAACGCCCGCGUCGAGAUAGAGCGCACUGCCUGGAGAAGAGUGCUGAGUUCUCACGGAAUUGCUGGUUGAAAUUAAAAUGGCCUGCUUAUCCAGCGAACCUUCGCCGAACACCGCCUCCUGCUGACCAGCACACUCUUCCGCCUGCCGAUGAAGAAGAAUGCGACCUAGAUGUACCCCCAAUCGCGAAUCUGGCAGCUGCUGGACGAUGUUCUCAUCCGGCAGCGCGGUUGGCAGGACGUGAUGGUGACCAAGGUGAUAAGAGACACUGA